AUGGCGCCGCCGGCGGGCGGGGCGGCGGCGGCCCCGGGCUCGGGCUCGGGCUCGGCCGCCGUGCUCCUGGCCGUGGACGCCGCGGUGCGGCCCCUGGGCGCGGGCCCGGACGCCGAGGCGCAGCUGCGGAGGCUGCAGCUGAGCGCGGACCCCGCGCGGCCGGGCUUCCGGCUGGAGCUGCUGGGCGCGGGGCCCGGGGCGGUCGGAGUGGAGUGGCCCCUGGAGUCGGUCUCCUACACCGUCCGCGGCCCCAGCCAGCACGAGCUGCAGCCUCCGCCCGGGGGCCCGGGGGCGCUCAGCCUCCACUUCCCCAACCCUCAGGACGCUCAGCGCUGGGCAGCCCUGGUCCGAGGCGCCGCCGUGGAGGGGCAGCACGGCAGUGACAGCCCUCACGCAGCCCUGGGCUGGGAGGUGGGCCCUGCUUCCCCUCCCAGUUCCUCUGAAGUGCCGCUACCCAAGGUGCCCCUGCCCAAGGCAGACCCGCCCUGGAGUCUAGACUCACUGGAGAAAGAAGACCUGGCGGGGCGGCUGACCCGGGCCAUCGAGGGUGGGGACAAGAAGGGGGCAGCCCAAGCAGCAGCUGUCCUCGCCCACCAUCAUGUGGCUCUCAGCAUCCAGCUGCAGGAGGCCUGCUUCCCUGCUGGCCCCAUCAGACUUCAGGUCACCGUGGAAGAUGCCGCGUCCUCCGCCCACGUCCCGCUGCAGGUGUACCCACACUGCACCGUCGCUGCCCUCCAGGACCAGGUGUUCUCGGAGUUGGGCUUCCCGCCGGCCGUGCAGUGCUGGGUCAUCGGGCAGUGCCUGUGUGUCCCCGAGCGCAGCCUCGCCUCCUACGGGGUCAGGCGAGACGGGGACCCUGCUUUCCUCUACCUGCUCUCAGCCCCUCAAGAAGCCCCAGGAUGCAGCCCUCGGCGGGCACCAAAGACACGCGGGGGCCUAGGCCGCCUGUUCUUUCAGUCAUCAGGGCCGCCCUGCACCCCUCAGCCGCCCAACUCCAGUCCCCCCAACCCCCCCCAGGCCGGCUGGGCCUGCUCUUCCUGCACCUUCAUCAACGCCCCGGGCCGGCCUGGCUGCGAGAUGUGUAGCGCCCAGAAGCCCUGCAUCCAGGACCCCCUUCCUGCAGCCCCCACUCAGCAGCUGCUGAAGGUCACAAGGAGAGAGGACGGCCCUUCCCUCCCAGGCCCGAGGCCCUUGGACCCCGGGCUGAACGUGGCGGGGAAGCUCUGCUGACUGCCUCCGAGGGCUGGCCGGGCUGGCGGAGGCCAUUAAAGCCACUCCUGAGCCAGAGCGCCUGUGUGCAGAGUGUGACCCCGUGCGGCUCACUGGCCGGGGCUCCUGAGGAGCAUGACCCCAAGGGCUGUGGGACCCUGGCUGCGCCCGCGCGGGCACACCCCUUCGUGCCCUACCCUUGUUCUUCCUGGACUUUGUCCACCACUGCCCUGCGUUGCUCUAGCCUGGAUCACGCUCUCCCCUGCACACUCUUCCUGGGGAUGAAAAAAGCUUGGAAAGCGGGUGCCCUGAGCUGCUAAGGCCAUGCCCCUCAGCCACUGCCCACCGCCAGGCUAUUUGGCCCCACACCCUGGCUGUGCUGCGGGUUGCUAGAAACAGGUCGUAUCUGGGGACCCCCCCACACACCUUGUGUCCCUGGUCGGUGGACAGCACCUCUAGCUGUCCAGCUGGGAGGCAUGGCAGGUGCAGGCCGUCCAUGGUCUCCCUCCUCUCCAGCCACUACCUGGCCCCAAACACCAGAACAGCUUUUGCAACCACUCGAGGCCAGGCUCUGCCCCUGUAGAGAUGCUGCCUCGGGUUCUCUUUGCCCUCGGGUGGAUAUUUGGCUGACCAUAUCAGCAGGUUCCCAGGCAGGACCAGGCCCUCUCCCCUCUAACCAGGUGGUCCCACGCCGGGGGUAGCCGGCCACCGCCUCCCAGAGUUUUGAAGUCGAGUCACAGUCCCAGAAUCCCCUGCGCACCCACACUCCCCGAAGCCAUGGCUAAAGAGUGUAUUUUGAGAAACUUAAUUUAUUCCCAUGGUGGGGGCUGAAGAAUCUGGAGUUAGAGCCUGAUCUCCCGCCCCUCCCCUCAUGUCCCAGAGAAAGAGGGGCUCAGUGGAGAGGGCCCGCUGAGGCCUCAGAGGCCCAGGGUGGCUCCUUGGCUAAGGGCCCACUUAGGCAGGACAGCAGACAAGCAUCGGGCGAGGUCACUUGGGUGGCCGAUAGGCCAGCUUCCGGCUCUUGAGAACAGACCACUUGUGCCUCUUCAUGGCGUAGAUCAGCGGCAGCAGCAAGCCCAUCAUCAUCAGCAUCUGGGGGGAGGCAUGCUCAGGAGAAGGCACCACAGACCCUGCCCAGCCCCCAGCCCUUCGCCAUGCCCGCUGUGCCCCGGCCCUUACCUUGAGCCCCAUGCGUUUGCGAUGGUCGUGCUCUGGCUCAGACGCCCAGCGCAGGAAAGUGCACACAUCUUUGGCUACCUGGGACAUGGUUGCUGGGGUGCCUAAGCCAAGGGCAAGUGGGUGAGGGCUGUCCGAGGGGGCCACUGCCCACCGUGGGGUGACCCUGGGAGCGUCCCAAGAAGCUGCUCAACAUGUCCGAAGGAAUGGGACCCCACCCCACCACAGGGGGGCCCGGGCUACAGGGGGCUCCAGCAGGCAGGUGCUGUCCACGUGGGCCCAAGAACAUCGGGAAAUGGACCCAGCCUGCCCACCCCGGGGUGGAGCCUCUCACCAUCGUCAAACUCCAGGACCUCGUUGUAGAUGGGAGGAGCCAUACCAAUGGCCUGGCCGGGAAAGUACGGGUUGAAGUAGAGGCCUUCCCGCAGCGACACCCCAGUGGGCGGCUCGCAGUAGCCCGUGAGCAGGGAGAAGACGUAGUCCUCGCCGCCGUGCCUGCACCGAGCAAGGGCCAGUUCCUGACACCAGGCCAGCCUCCCCGCCCCCCGCUGGCCGGGGGGUGGCCCACCUACCUAGCUCGCACGAUGUAGCUGAGGUCGGGGGGCAGCGCCCCAUUGUUAGCUGCUCUAGCGGCCUCGGGGUUGGGGUAUGGCUUGGGGAAGUAGUCAGACAGCUUCCCUGGCCGCAUGAACAUCUCCCCAUCCUCAUUGGGGCCGUCCUGUACCUCCACCUGCCACCAAGAGCCGGUCACAGACCUGGUGUCCACCCGUCCACCACAGCGGGAGCCCCCCCCGUCCUCCACCGCCGGCCCGCACCUCCUCGGCCAGCGCCUUGGCUUCUUCCUCCGUGUAGCACACGCCCACCAGGUGGCGGUAGGCCAC